AUGGGUCAAGAGCUGUGUACAAAGACUCUCCAGCCUGGAUGCAGCUGCCAUCGCUGUUGGGAGGGAGGCGAAACACACAGUGGUCAGAGGACUGCGCCUGUGCCGGCAGAGCCUGCGAUUGAGCUAACAGACCUAAAAGAAGCAUCAUGUUCCAUGACUUCAUUUCACCCCAGGGGACUUCAGGCUGUCCGUGCCCGGAAGUACAAGAGUAAAAGGCCACGGAGUAACAGUGAUUCUUUUCAGGAAGAGGAUCUGAGGCAGGAUUUUCAGUGGAGGAAGAGCCUCCCUUUCGGGGCAGCCUCAUCUUACUUGAAUUUGGAGAAAUUGGGUGAAGGUUCUUAUGCCACAGUUUACAAGGGGAUUAGCAGGAUAAAUGGACAACUAGUGGCUCUAAAAGUCAUCAGCAUGAAUGCAGAGGAAGGAGUCCCGUUUACAGCUAUUCGGGAAGCUUCUCUUCUGAAGGGUUUGAAACAUGCCAAUAUUGUACUCCUGCACGACAUAAUCCAUACCAAAGAGACACUGACAUUUGUUUUUGAAUACAUGCACACAGACCUGGCCCAGUACAUGUCUCAGCACCCAGGAGGGCUUCAUCCUCACAAUGUCAGACUUUUCAUGUUUCAACUUUUGCGGGGCCUGGCAUACAUCCACCACCAACACGUUCUUCACCGGGACCUGAAACCUCAGAACUUACUCAUCAGUCACCUGGGAGAGCUCAAACUGGCUGAUUUUGGUCUUGCUCGGGCAAAGUCUAUUCCCAGCCAGACAUACUCUUCAGAAGUUGUGACCCUCUGGUACCGCCCUCCUGAUGCCUUGCUGGGAGCCACUGAAUAUUCCUCUGAACUGGACAUAUGGGGUGCAGGCUGCAUCUUUAUUGAAAUGUUCCAGGGUCAACCUUUGUUUCCUGGGGUUUCCAACAUCCUUGAACAGCUGGAGAAGAUCUGGGAGGUGUUAGGAGUCCCUACAGAGGAUACCUGGCCUGGAGUUUCCAAGCUACCUAACUACAAUCCAGAAUGGUUCUCACUUUCUAAGCCUCAGAGUCUUCAGAACAUCUGGAACAGGUUGGGCAGGGCUCCUGAAGCUGAAGACCUGGCCUCCCAAAUGCUGAAAGGCUUUCCUAGAGACCGAGUUUCAGCCCAGGAAGCACUGGUUCAUGACUAUUUCAGUGACCUGCCUUCUCAGCUGCACCAGCUUCCUGAUGAGGAGUCUUUGUUUACAGUUUCAGGAGUGAGACUAAAGCCAGAAAUGUGUGACCUUUUGGUCUCCUACCGGAAAGGUCACCUUCCAGCCCAGGGUAGCAAAUGCUGGUGA